AAUGGGCGCGGGUAUCUAGGAACAGGACUCGAUAUCGACAAAAACUUUUAAUUUUUUACAGAGUUCAGAAUGGAAUCAGAAAUGUAGACGGUGUAUUUUAAAGAACACAAACAAGUCCGGGGAUGCCAUCUUUGUUUAGGAGAAUUGGACUGGCUGUGGGGUGCCUUAAGCCACCAACAAAAGAGAAUCGCGUCAUCUUUGUGGACAACAAGCCACCCUUGCAGCACGAGACUUACAUUCCGCAGAAAUACUGUGAUAAUCAGAUUAUAACCUCCAAGUACACGUUAUGGAAUUUCCUGCCAAAGAACUUAUUUGAACAGUUUCACAGAAUUGCCAAUUUUUACUUCCUGUGCGUGGGAGUAAUUGAGCUUCUGAUAGAAAGCCCAGUGAGUCCAGCCACAAGUAUACUUCCACUGAUCUUUGUGAUAACUACUACUGGCAUAAAACAGGGCUAUGAAGACUGGCUGCGGCACAAGUCGGACAAAGAGGUCAACAACCGACCAGCCUGGGUGCUCAGAGGGGAUAGGUUUGUGGAGAUACGGGCCAUGGAUAUACAGGUUGGGGAUAUUGUGAAAGUGCACAUAAACCACAGUUUCCCGUGUGACCUGGUCCAGCUCUCGUCACAUGACCCAAGCGGUGACUGUACGGUAACAACGGCCAACUUGGACGGAGAGACUAAUUUAAAGACAUUUAUAAGUGUGCCAGCUACAAAAAAUAUGCAAACAGAAGAUGAUCUGAGUACAGUAAAAGCCACAAUAGAAUGUCAACAGCCAAUAGCAGAUCUCUAUAAGUUCAUAGGGCGUAUCACCGUGGAGGUGCCCAAUCAGCAAUCAGAGAAAGUGUGUCAACCAUUAGGAGCGGAGCAUGUUCUUCUGCGGGGGUCUAGAUUGAAGAAUACACCUUUUGUCCAUGGCUGUGCCAUCUACACAGGCCAAGACACCAAAAUGGCAAUUAAUUCUAAGUUUAAAAUUCAGAAGUAUUCAAAAGUUGAAAGAGCAAUGAAUACGUUCCUGAUCUGUUUUAUGAUAUUACUACUUCUGGAGACUAGUCUUUGCCUAGGACUAAGGUAUUACACUGAAGCUCAACCAACAUUGCAGAAUUCUUGGUUUAUACGUCUGGAUAAUCAUUUAACAGCAAGACAGGCAAUAGAAGACUUCCUAAUAUUUGCAGUUCUCUUUAACUAUAUCAUCCCUAUAUCACUUUAUGUUACUAUAGAGGUCCAGAAAUUUAUAGGUUCCAUGUUUUUUGCUUGGGACAUUAAAAUGUAUGAUGAUGGCACGGAACAGGCAGCCAAGGCCAACACGUCAGAUCUGAAUGAAGAACUGGGACAGGUGGAGUACCUGUUCACAGACAAGACGGGGACGCUGACAGAGAAUGACAUGCAGUUUAGGCAGUGCUCUGUUAAUGGGACCAAGUAUAUUGAAGUGGGGGGACUGGUGUGUGAGAAGCCGGAUAUCCCUGGGGUGCAGCCACAACCUGUGUCUACUCUAACUUCUGACAUGGAGUGGUUCUUCACAGUGCUAGCCCUCUGCCACACUGUGAGGAUAGAGAAGGCAGCAGAUCAUCAAAUCAAUGGCAUAGUUGACUUUGACACCAGUGACUAUGACUUUGAAUACCAGGCCUCCUCUCCUGAUGAAAAAGCCUUUGUGGAUGCAUGUAGAAGGUAUGGUGUUGUGUACCUAGGCGUUAAGGACGACCAUCAGGAGGUCAAGGUCAAGGGCAAAGUGCAUCGCUACAAGCAGCUUCAUGUUCUCGAGUUUGACGCCACCAGGAAAAGAAUGAGCACUGUUGUACAGGAUGAACAAGGAAACAUCUAUUUGCUAUGCAAAGGAGCCGAGUCAGCCAUACUGUGCAAUGCUACAUCUGGAAAUGUGACCAAGGCUCUUCAACACGUGAAUGAUUAUGCAAUGCUGGGUCUGCGUACUCUUGUGAUAUCACAAAGAAAAUUAAGUGAGGAAGAAUAUGAGAAGUUUGAUCACGAACUCACUAGUGCCAGAAAAGCCCUUGAAAACAGAGAAGAAAAGUUAGCAGAGGUGUUCAAUACAUUAGAGAGCAACCUCCAGAUUUUAGGAGCAACUGCAGUUGAAGAUCGGCUCCAAGAUGGAGUUCCAGAAACUAUAGAAGCACUAAGGAUGGCUGGUAUCAAUGUCUGGGUGUUGACGGGGGACAAAGAAGAGACAGCAGUGAAUAUUAGUUACUCUGCAGGUCACUUUAAACCUGGUGCUCAGUUGUUGAGGUUAACCCAGCUCAGAGAGUGGGAGGAAUGCUCACAUCUUAUUCAGCAGCACAGGCAGGCUAUUGAAAGCAGUUCAAAGGAUGAGGAGACAUUUGCCCUUGUGAUAGAUGGCGCUAGUCUCUCUCUGGUGAUUCGGACAGAGACCAAUCAGGACCAGGAACACAAACAGCGUGGAGAUGAGCUACAUUCCCUAUGCCAUAUGUGUCAAGCUGUCCUGUGUUGUAGGAUGUCUCCUAUACAGAAAGCACAGAUUGUCCAGUUAAUAAAACAUGGCAAGGACAACCCAGUGACAGCAGCUAUAGGAGAUGGUGCCAAUGAUGUCAGUAUGAUACAGGAGGCCCAUGUUGGUCUGGGUGUAAUGGGGAAAGAAGGCCGGCAAGCUGUUAGGUGUAGUGACUACGCAUUUGCCAGAUUCAGAUUUUUAAUGCGAGCUCUAUUUGUUCAUGGACAUCUGUACUAUGUCCGAAUAGCCACACUAGUGCAAUAUUUUUUCUACAAGAACGUGGCUUUUAUAACAGCUCAGGUGUACUUUGCAUUCUUCUCUGGAUUUUCUGCUCAGUCUAUAUAUGACAGUUUCUUCCUGACUUUUUUCAACAUCACGUUCACGUCACUUCCUAUCCUAAUAUAUGGUCUAUUUGAGCAACACAUACCACCAGAUAAACUGAUGGAGAUGCCCAAGUUAUAUAAAAAAAUAAGGAAAAAUGCCAUGCUUUCACCUGGGCAGUUUAUUAAGUGGAAUCUUCUGGGUAUAUGGCAUUCUGUGGUACUUUUCUUUGGAUGUAUUUUUAUAUUUAAAGAUGGUUUGCCAUUGUCGGGAGACGGAGUGACCUAUGGCAUAUUCAGCAUGGGGACUUUGCUCAUCAGUAUGACAGUGCUCACGGCCAACUUAAAGCUGUAUCUGGAGACCUAUUACUGGACGGGUGUGACCCACUUUGCCUUCUGGUUCACUAUGUUGGGAUAUGUGUCCUUUAUCCUCAUGUAUUCGGGACUCAUCAUGCCAUCACUGUUUGUUGAUCUACAGAACAUGUACUGGGUGUUCUAUGCUCUCUAUUCCAACGCCUCAGCUUGGUUUGCUAUGCUGGUGCUCAUGUUCAUAGCCCUACUACCAGAUAUAGUACUGAGAACUUGCAGAGACACAUUCAGCAGCUCCAGACAGAAGCCAGAAAACAACAGGGUACGCGCCCUAUCAGGAUCAGACACCAGUUAUUUCAUAGACCAGGAUGUAGAGAACAUUCCGCUGAACAAUCCACAGGGGCCAGUGCAGCCAGUGAAGUUUACACCAAGACCUGGAAGUCUGAAGAACAGCGGUGAAUCCAUUUAGUUAUUAUUUAAUGUACACCACUGAAUUUUCACCUAGCCAGUAAAUUCCUUGAAAGACACGUAAGCCUAAAGAGCACCUGGUUUGCUGAUGGAUGUAGUUUUUAUAUACCUCCCACGAGAAGACAUAUAUUGUUAGACAUCAAGCUUUGACUGAGCUGUUAUGAAGUAAUACAAAGCCCUUAUAGUAGCCAUUAAUAUUUAGACACUACAGACAUAGACCAAAGCAAAAGUCACUGCACUGCAUGAGCAUUGGUCUCCUCUUUGGUCAUCCAAAAGUGGCUGGUUCAUAGCAUGAGAAAUUGAAUUUUGACUUAGAAGAGUUGCUCAAUAAAUGUGUCACGUUAGCAGCAAAACUAGUUCAACAUGGAGACAGUCAGGACAAUUUGCUCAGAGUGAGAAAGAGACAGAUAUACUGUUGAACUCUGUUGUAUUCUAGUCACUUUGAAGACUCCUGUGUGGCGUCAGUGACACUGGAAUUUUAUGGGAUGAUAAUACAUUUAGUUGAAUAGGUCCAAACAGAGUUAUUAGUGAGUGUUACAUAUCCAUUGAACCAAAUAUUUAAGGUGCUAGUUAAGGGAUCAGCAAAGUACUAGUAGACCAAUGCAAGUUAUAUACUUGGCCAAACUGUUUUUGUUGUACGAAUUUGAAAAAUGAUGAUUUAUGAAUCUACACUGCAGAUAGCCAGGUAGUUAAAUGUGUGAAGCAAAACACACCAAGUAGAUAUAAAGUUAAAAUAAAUAAUUCUGACAUGUGAGCAUUGCCAGUCAAAAUGCAAGUUUUGAUUUUUUUUUUUCAGUUAUAUUUUUUAAAGCCACAACAGAUGAAUUUUAAUAUCCAGUCCUCUAUGAACUUUUCAGCCAUGAUAUGCUUAACAUUGUCAAGGUUAAGGUUACAUAAUGAAAUCUGUAAAAAUAUUUUAUAAACUUUAGUAUCAUUGGUGUAAUAAUACCCAAAGAAAUAACAGGUACAGUUUGACUGCGAGAUUUGUAAUGAAUAUAGUUUUAAUAAAAGGUUAAUUUAUUUAGAAAUGAACAACUAGUUUUUAGAUAGCUGUGUAUAUUGAGCAAAUGACUUAUAAAACUUACACAUUCCAUGAUCCUUAGCAACACCAUGUUCUUCAUCUUAUGCAACAAUUAUGUCUGGGACAUAUAAAGACAAACAUUGUGAGACGAGUAUUUUCAUAUUACCACCUAGUUAUUUUCAUGAGUAAAUGUAGUUUUUUAUAACUGUUCCAUUUAAAUCUAUUGCGUUUCUUGCAGCUGGAUGUCAUUAUUUUCUUGAAUUAUUGU